CUCCAAACAAACAGCCCUUUCUAUUUUCGGAUAGGCCAAAAUGCCCUUUUGAUUCCUUAAAUUUCCCUUUUCUACCUCUGAUGUCCAUUUCUAUGUCCCUCAACACCACUCUCUCACCACUCACUUCUCUCUCACCACUCUCUCUCUAGCGUUUUUCUCUCGGUGCAGAAGCCACCGGAAAACAAUGGAACCGGUAGCGCUCGACGGCGAUCGGAACUCAUCGGAGGAGCAACUCCUCUUGCGAGAGUCCAGCAAUGGCGACCAGUCAUGGCGGUUGAACUUCAAUGGAUUUCAGUUAUCGGAGCACAAAGAGAAGCCUCCUCCUCGUGGUUUCCAUGACUGUCUUGGGGUUUUAGCUUCAGAAGAUUCUGUGGCAGAAUUUUAUCAGCAGCAGGGAGAAAUGCUGGAGGGUUUUAAUGAAAUGGAUGCUUUAGCAGAGCGUGGUUUUGUCCCCGGAAUGUCAAAGGAAGAGAAGGAAAAGUUGGCUAGAAGUGAGACAACUGCCAUUAGAUUAUCAAAUGUUGCAAAUAUGUUUCUCUUUGCUGCUAAAGUUUAUGCAUCCGUCAGGAGUGGUUCAUUAGCCAUUAUUGCAUCCACAUUGGACUCGCUUCUUGAUCUUCUGUCAGGCUUUAUUCUGUGGUUUACAGCAUUCUCCAUGCAGACACCAAACCCAUAUCAAUAUCCUAUUGGAAAGAAACGUAUGCAGCCAUUGGGAAUCCUUGUUUUUGCUUCUGUCAUGGCAACUCUGGGACUUCAGAUCAUCUUGGAGUCUGUGCGCACACUAAUUUCUGAUGAUAAUGGGUUCAACUUGACCAAGGGACAAGAAGAAUGGGUUGUUGGGAUUAUGCUGUCUGUGACAUUUGUAAAACUCGUUCUGGUUUUGUAUUGCCGCUCUUUUACCAAUGAGAUUGUCAAAGCUUAUGCACAGGAUCACUUUUUUGAUGUCAUCACCAAUGUCAUUGGCCUUGUUGCUGCAUUACUGGCUAACUACUUCAGUGAUUGGCUGGACCCUCUUGGAGCUAUCAUUCUUGCCUUGUACACCAUCCGAACAUGGUCAUUAACCGUGCUGGAGAACGUCAACUCCCUGGUGGGAAAAUCAGCUGCGCCAGAAUAUUUGCAGAAACUCACAUACCUCUGCUGGAACCACCACAAGGCCAUUCGACACAUCGACACUGUCCGGGCCUACACAUUUGGGUCCCACUACUUCGUCGAGGUUGACAUCGUCCUGCCAGCUGGCAUGCCCUUGCAAGAGGCACAUGAUAUUGGGGAGUCUUUGCAGGUGAAGCUUGAGCUCCUCCCAGAAAUUGAACGUGCCUUUGUUCAUCUUGAUUAUGAAUACACUCAUAAACCCGAGCACACACAAGCACACCAUUAGUGGCAUGAUGAUUAAAAAAAAAAAUCAUGCAAUCAUUGUUUAUUUUGUUGCCACCUGUAAGUUUUUGCUUGUAAUACUGGAAGUAAAUCAAUAGUGAGGAUUGUUUUAGAUUUGUCAAACUGAAGAAAGUUUGCAGAUUGUAUGCAAGUCCUAUGCUUGACAAAGCAGUUUGUGAAAUGUCCCCUGUUGUUUGUGCUUUUUGUUAGCAAAAACAACUGGCUCUAUUGCACUCUUACCACGCUUAAAA